AUGGCCACACAGGUCUCCGUUGAGGGAAGCGGACCCUCUUAUGCGUCAGUGUUAAAUUUCGGUGGUGCGGAGAGUAACAAAGAAAACAUUGAGUCCACGGAGGUCGUGGAAACUCCUCCUCGACAUGAAGACGAGGGGGAGGAAGGUUUUGUGCCUGUGGUUUCGCACACGAGAAGGCCAGGAAAGAGCCGCAGAGAACGGGAGCGUAGGGCGGCUCCUCGGGCUCAUAACAAGGCAUCGCAGUCACAUUCAGAACCCCAGCCAGCUCCUGAGCAGCAGCAACAAUCAACAGAUCCUCAGCCUAAGAAAUUUGUCGAGGCUCCAAUACCCAAAGUUAACCCUUGGCAGGUUAGUGAUUUCUCAGUGCUAAAUCUUUUUUAUUGA